GAAAGAGAUAGAGAGAGAGAGAGAGAGAGAGAGAGAGAGAGAGAGAUUAUCAUCGCUGUCUCAUUUUGUCGAUGAGAUGAUCGAUGGAUCGAUCGGGAUGGCGUGUAAAUGCAGCGUCGAAAGGAGAAGCGUAAUGUACUCUAAUAAUCUUAGGGAAUUUUGUUUCGACAGGGAGAGGAAAAAAUUCAAUCGGAAAAAUCUGCGAAACGUAUCCACGAUUCCGAUUUUCAAACGGAGUUUCUCCAGAUGUCGAUCUGUUUCCGGCAAAAGUUGCAUUAUAAGUAUGGAUGUUCGGGAGAAAUCAAGAUCCACAUUGUUUGAGACAUCUAAACACAAGCGGGUUCCAAUCUAUGUUAUGAUGCCAAUCGACUCUUUUGGGGUUGAUACAUCUGGCACUCCAAGAAUCAGAAAAAUCAAGGCCUUAACUAUAUCUCUAAAAGCACUCAAGUUGGCAGGUGUCCACGGAAUCGCAGUUGAGGUUUGGUGGGGGAUUGUAGAGAGAUUCUUCCCCCAUGCAUAUAAUUGGUCUCUAUAUGAAGAACUUUUCAACCUGGUAUCUGAAAUGGGGUUAAAGUUACAAGUUGCAUUGUCUUUUCAUUCAAAUGUUCAUUUAUCUUCACGAGUACAAGGUGUUAGCCUUCCACAGUGGAUCACAGAGAUUGGUCGUCAUAAUAAGGACAUUUACUAUCAAGACCAGAAUGGGUUUCCUAAUGCCGAUUAUCUUACGUUAGGGGUAGACAAUAUUCCUUUGUUUCAUGGACGUACUGCUAUUCAGUGUUAUGAAGACUUUAUUUGCAGUUUUGCAAACAAAUUUGAUUCCUUGAUGGGAACCGUAAUUGAAGAAGUUUGUGUUGGUCUUGGACCUUCUGGGGAACUUAGGUAUCCUGCUCAUCCCUUUCAAGAUGGUAGAUGGCAGUUUCCUGGAAUUGGUGCAUUUCAGUGUUAUGACAAAUACAUGAUGGAAGACUUGCGGGCAGUUGCUUGGCAAGAAGGGAAGCCUGAUUGGGCAAAUAAAGGACCUCCAGAUGCUGGUGACUAUAAUAGUUUUCCAACUGAUGUUCCUUUCUUUGAAGAAGGAGAGGGGAGCUUUCUAUCUGACCAUGGCCAUUUUUUCCUGGAGUGGUACAGUGAUAGAUUGCUCCGUCAUGCAGAUUCCAUUCUUGGAGUGGCAGCAAAGUUGUUGCAAAAGUAUCAAGAAAAUGAGCAAAAUUCUAUACGUAUUGUGGCUAAAAUUGGUUUACUAUAUUGGUGGUAUCAGACAGUGUCUCAUCCAGCUGAGCUUACUGCGGGUUACUACAACACUGCUUUUAGGGAUGGUUAUGAUCCAUUGACUUCAAUGUUGUCUCGUCAUGGAGCCGCUCUGCAGAUUUCCUGCUUUGAGAUGUUGGACAAUGAAACUCCCAAAUCUUUUUUGUGCAGUCCGGAAGGUUUGCUUCAGCAGAUAAGGACUGCCUCAAAGAAAAGGGUAGUAGAGUUGAUCGGAAGAAAUACACAUGAACGGUUUGAUGAGGCAGGACUAAAGCAGAUACAUUCAAAUUGUUAUGAUUCACAAGCAGAAGCUGUGAGAUCAUUCACAUAUUUCAGAAUGAAUGAUAAGAUAUUUAGAGUUGAAAACUGGAAUAACUUUGUACCAUUUGUGAGAAGGAUGAGCACUCAUUUGUAAAAUCUUACCUUUUUAAACAACACAAUAUUAUUGCAACUUCAUUCAUGUGUUAUAAACAACCAUUUUUAACUUUAAA